AUAAGCAGCUGACCACCAUAAACCACCACCGCUCCAACUCCAAACCACCACCACCAUUUCUUUCUUGUACCUCCUCAUAAAAAAAUUCGUUUUUUAAAACUUCUUUCUAGUUUUAGUCUCUUUGUUUAUUAAAACUGAGAAAAAUUCUGCAGAACUUACAGUUUCUUAGUCCUUCUUUUUCUUGGUUUUAUCACAAUACCUCCUCGAUCUUCCCUUACUUAAUCUCUUAGUCACAUCUCAGGAUUCUUGCCCGUACAUCUCCAACGUGAACCCUUCGUCAUCGUCAUAAUUAUUAAUUCAUUUCCUAUAUCUACCACUCCCACAAAUUAAAAAACACACCCUUCAAUUUCUCCUGUUUGUGAAUUUCUAAAAAAGAAUGGGAAAUUGUCAAGCAGCAGAAGCAGCAACAGUGGUGAUUCAACAUCCAGGAAACAAAAUCGAAAGGAUUUACUGGUCAGUUAGUGCUGACCAAAUCAUGAACUCAAACCCAGGCCAUUACGUGGCGCUUGUGGUUUCUUCUCCGAAUUUGAAACCGGAGAAUGACGUCAGUACUCCGCCGUUGAAGCAGCUCAAGCUUCUUCGACCUGAUGAUACUUUACUUAUUGGACAAUUCUAUAAGCUCAUCAGUUUUGAAGAUGUGUUGAAAGAGUUUGCUGCAAAGAAAUGUGUUAGACUUGGGAAGCUGUUGAAGGAGAGAGGAGGAGCAGGGCUUGGAGUUGAACUGAAGAAGAAGAAGGACUUGUCAAAUAAAUCUGAAAAUUGCAGCUCUCAUGUUCAGGUGGAACAGGAGGUUCACCGAUUAGGAAGCAACGGUGGCAGGACCAGCAGGAGCGGCAGCAGAGGAGGCGGAGGAGUUGGAAGACAUUAUGGUGGCGGUGGUGGGGGACAGUGGAAACCAGCUUUACAGAGCAUUACAGAGUUAGGAACUUGAAAAUCACACAUUAGUAUUGUUAAUUAUUAGUGGAAUUAUUAUUAGUACUCUUUUUUCGUCUCGCUUUCAUGUAUUACUACUAACUUUUAGAACAUGCAUGCACCCUGUAAUUAUUUUUCUCUAGACUUAAUUAUCUAGCUAGGGUUUUUGUUAUGUAACUUUGAUCA